AAUUGAUAGAAUAAGUCGAUGCUUGAUCAGGUUCUAUCGUCUCACAACGGAUGGCGUUAAUACGAAAAUGUAAACAAUGGAGUUAACAUAAAAACUCAGCUGUGUUUUGUAAAGUAAUCUAUUUUCGAGGUAUGGAAUUUGUUCCUACAAAACGGCACAAAAAGUGGAAGAAAAAGCGAUACCUGAAACGAAAACAAUUACACGAGCGAAUUAGAAUUGAGGUUAAAUCGUCCGCGAAGCAUUGGGAAGUGUUCCCAGAAUAUAUUAAUGCUUUUGAUGCGCGAAGAAUAGGAACGACCACGAUGCAAGCCGAUGCUUUUUGGAAAAAUUAUGCAUCAGCUCAAGAAUGGCAAAAAAGACAUAGUAUAACCUGGUGGAGAUCACGCUGCCUUGCUCUUGAAUAUGAAAAUGAAAUGCUGCGCGAUAAAGUGAGAUUGUUAGCUCAGCAUUGUACCUAUCCUAAUAUAACUCGGAAAAACAAUUAUUAUAAAAAGAACCAUAAAACAGAUAUGCAGGAAGAAAACUAUACAGAAUUUAAUUCGAAUAUUGGAGAGGUUGAGUUUAAUGUGAAUGAAGAUAUGUUAAAGUUUUUCGAAAUAAGCGAGAGACACAAAAGACAGUUGAAGCAAACAUGUAAAUCUAAAGAGAUUAAGAAGGAACAUUCUCUAGAAGAAAUUUCCAUCAUUGAUGCUGCUGAGAUGUAUAAGGAAAAUUUUGUAGAAGAAAUUCCCAUCAUUAAUGAUGCUGAGAAAAUCUAUAUGAGGAAACAGGAAGCACAUUUGUUAUAUGGUGACGAUAGUUCCAAAAUAUUAGCAAUGGAAACUGCUUUGGAAACUGCAACGAACAAAUAUAAAGAUAUCAUGAAUCCUCAAUAUUGGCCCAAUAUGCCUCUUAAACCUUAACUAAGCUGGUCCAGUAUAUAUUAUUAUUUUCAAGUUUAA